AUGCGCCAGAAGUCGCAAAUCAGAUGGUUGAAGCUAGAUGACCAGAAUACUGCCUUUUUUCAUCGAUAUGUUCGAUCAAGGCAGAGCAGCAAUGCUUUGAGAUCAGUUAUUGACCCAGAUGGAAAUUGGUUGACUAACCAUGAUCAGGUGACUCAGGUGGUAGUGAAUUAUUUCAAAGAUAGUCUGGGUUCUCAGAAUAUUAGCUAUAGAGAGCUCUCUACUUGUAUUGAGGAGAUUGUUCAGUUUAGAUGGACUGAGGAGUGUUGCCAGGCCCUCCAGUCGCCUAUUGGCAGGAAGGAAGUGAGACGUGUUCUGUUCUCCAUGGAUGGUGGAAAGGCUCCAGGCCGUGAUGGGUAUUCAGUUGGCUUCUUCAAAGGAGCUUGGACAGUGGUUGGAGAGGGCUUCUGUGAUGUCGUCUUACACUUCUUUGAGACCAAUUACUUCCCUCAAGGGGUGAAUACGACUGCUAUUACACUUAUUGGCGAAUCAGAGCUUGUAAGGGCAUACCAUUUGCACAGAGGUAAACCUCGGUCCACUAUGAAGGUUGACCUCCAAAAAGCUUAUGAUUCUGUUAAUUGGGAUUUCCUCUUUGGCCUGCUGAUUGCCAUAGGUUUUUUCCAUGGGAGGAAAGGACUUAGACAAGGUGACCCUUUAUCCCCGUUCUUAUUUGUGAUGGUCAUGGAGGUGCUUUCUCGCAUGUUGAACAGCCCACCUCAGAAUUUUCAAUUCCACCAGUUUUGUGAGAAGGUCAGAUUAACUCAUCUUACUUUUAUAGAUGACUUGAUGAUCUUUUGUACUGCUGAUAAUCAUUCUAUAAGUUUCAUAAAAGAGACUAUUAAGAGGUUUGGUGAGCUUUCAGGACUGUUUGCUAAUCUUGCUAAAAGCUCAAUUUUCUUGUGGGGGUUAAUAGUUCGAAAGCUUCUCGGCUUGCUGCUAACAUGGGUUUUUCCAUUGGUCAUCUCCUGUAGACUUCAGCUUGUUCGCUCAGUCCUUAGGAGCCUUCAGGUUUAUUGGGCUAGUGUGUUCAUGCUUCCUAUGAAAGUCCACAGAGACGUUGAUAAGAUCUUGAGGACUUAUCUGUGGAGAGGAGGUCUUGAUAUUCGUGAUGGAUCUUCUUGGAAUAUAGCUAGCACGUUGAAGAUAUUAAGGGAGUCGCUGUGGGAGAUCGAUGCUGGGGUGGGUCGAUCUUGGUGCUUUAAGGAAAUCUUGCGUAAGUGGGAUAUCCUUAAAGCUCAUGUUAAGAUGGAGGUGGGCAAUGGAAGGAAGUGUAGAGUAUGGUUGGUUCCAUGGAUUCAAGGUGGGCCGAUUAUCCAGCAGUUUGGAAGAGGGUGA